AUGGCAAGCUCCGACAAGAGUAAGAGGCCUCGACCCGGACAACCUGAUUCUACUGCAAUGCCACCGACUUCCUGGGCCAAACGCACCGGGUUUCGACCCAAAUUCUCUGGAGAGACUAAUGCCAGCGACUCUGGCCAAAUUACAUCCCUACCUCAAGUUCAACCCAAGCCAAAAGAAUCCGACUCUAACCUUGACCUUGAGGCGGGCCGACCGAAGCCAAUCCCGGAAAAGCCUUCCCUCCCAACAUCCAAUGGGGAGACGGGGGCUGUGAAGCCCCCAGGGGAUAAGGAGAAGGAGCAGACGCCACCGGUGAGGAAGCGGAGAGACUCGGAUGGAGGCAGGAAUUUGGGGGCGAAUGGGCAUCCGGUGGCUGCAGGAGAGGGGAGUAGGAGGGGCUUGAGGGACGAAGAAGCAGCUGCCCCGAUUGAUGUGCUGCCGCAGACCGUGGUGGAUGAUGAUGGAUUUGUAUCGAGGCAUGCACAUAUGAAGUAUGAGCUCAGAGAUACUCCUGGUCUUGUUCCCAUUGGUCUGUACGGGUUUCAACAUUAUCUUUCGAUGUUGGGUUCGUUGAUACUAAUUCCUCUCGUGAUAGUUCCAGCAAUGGGUGGUACCUAUGAGGAUACAGCAAAUGUGGUUUCCACUGUGCUAUUCGUGUCGGGACUGACAACACUUUUGCACACUUCAUUUGGAUCAAGAUUGCCUCUAAUACAGGGCCCUUCCUUUGUUUAUCUUGCUCCUGCACUUGCAAUAAUAAACUCUUCUGAGUUUUUGGGACUAAAUGACAAUACUUUCAAGCAUAUAAUGAAAGAGCUACAGGGGGCAAUAAUUAUUGGUUCAACUUUUCAAGCCUUCCUGGGAUACAGUGGAUUAAUGGCAUUGCUGUUAAGGUUAAUUAAUCCAGUGGUUGUGGCCCCUACCAUUGCUGCUGUUGGACUUUCUUUUUACAGCUAUGGUUUCUCACGAGUUGGUACCUGCAUUGAAAUUGGUGUUGUUCAGAUAUUAUUUGUGGUUCUUUUUUCUCUUUACCUUCGCAAAAUAUCGGUGUUGGGUCACCGUGUAUUUCUGAUUUAUGCUGUUCCACUGGGUCUUGCCAUUACAUGGGCAGCGGCUUUCCUUCUGACUGAAGCUGGAGCAUAUAGCUACAAAGGUUGUGAUGUGAAUGUACCAGCCUCAAAUAUAAUAUCUAAUAACUGCAGAAAGCACGUUUCAAGAAUGAAGCAAUGUCGCGUUGAUACUUCUCAUGCAUUAAGAUCUUCUCCAUGGUUUAGAUUUCCUUACCCAUUACAAUGGGGCACACCUGUCUUUCACUGGAAGAUGGCCCUUGUAAUGUGUGUGGUGUCAGUAAUCUCUUCAGUUGAUUCAGUUGGUUCAUAUCAUGCAUCUUCGUUGCUAGUAGCAUCCAGACCUCCAACACCUGGCGUUUUAAGUCGAGGGAUUGGUCUUGAAGGUGUUUCCAGCAUUUUGGCUGGUCUUUGGGGCAUUGGAACUGGCUCCACAACUUUGACUGAAAAUGUGCACACUAUUGCUGUUACUAAAAUGGGAAGUCGCAGAGCAGUCGAGUUGGGUGCAUGCGUUGUAAUUGUCCUAUCCCUUAUAGGUAAAGUCGGGGGAUUUAUUGCAUCAAUCCCCCAAGUGAUGGUUGCAGCUCUCUUGUGCUUUAUGUGGGCAAUGCUUACAGCGUUGGGCUUGUCAAAUCUUCGUUAUAGUGAGGCAGGGAGUUCAAGGAACAUCAUAAUUGUAGGCUUGUCUAUGUUCUUUUCCCUAUCAAUACCAGCUUAUUUUCAGCAGUAUGGUAUAUCUCCAAACACAAACUUGUCUGUCCCGAGUUACUUUCAGCCAUAUACAGCGGCUUCUCAUGGUCCGAUUCACACCAAAUUUUCAGGGCUCAACUAUGUUCUGAAUACGUUGUUGUCACUUCACAUGGUGAUCGCAUUCCUAGUAGCCGUCAUCCUUGACAACACGGUACCGGGCAGUAGACAGGAACGUGGGGUGUACGUAUGGUCCAAACCUGAUACAGCAAGAAGGGAGCCUGCUGUAACUAAAGACUAUGAGUUGCCUUUAAGAGUCGGCAAAGUUUUCAAAUGGGUAAAAUGGGUCGGACUUUAG